AUGUCUACUGCCACUACUGCAAUCAUUACCAAUCUCGCUUUCAUCACUGCACAAUUAAAUCGUUCACUUGCUCUCAUAAUUCUAAUCUUUGGUACAAUCGGCAAUCUAAUCAAUAUUCUCGUCUUUUCACGACGUUCUCUACGUAAACAACCAUGUUCAAUCUAUUUUCUUGGUGCUUCAAUCGCCAGUCUUUUUGCUCUCUACUCUGGUUUAUUGAGUCGCCUUCUAAGUGGCUAUAAUCUUGAUAUAUCAAUUUAUAAUGAUAGUAUAUGUAAACUGCGAUUCUUUACUGCCUAUUGGUGUUUAACAGUAUUAGCCUGGUUUCUCGUUUUUGCUUCUAUUGAUCGUUAUCUCGGUACAUCACGUCUUGCUUAUCGACGAAAUUUUAGUCAUCGAUACGUUGCCUAUCGUGUGGUUUCUAUUGCAUCCUUAUUAAGUUUUCUUGCUUAUAUUAGUGUUUUCUUUUGUUUCAACACUAAUUCAUUCCUAUCAUCUCGUCAAUGCUAUUCUCAAGGAAUUAUCUGCCCGUUUGUUACUGAUAUAGAAUUCUUAAUUCUAUAUUCAUUGCUACCAACUAUUAUAAUGACAAUUUUUGGUUCUCUCACAGUAAGAAAUGUAAAACAGUUAGGCAGACAUAUAGCACCUGCCACUAGUAAUAUAACCGCUACAAAUAAUCGUCAACUGCGUCGACAAAAAAAAAUUCAACUUGUACCAAUGCUACUUACACAAAUUGUUUUAUUUCUUCUUUUUACUGUGCCUGUUGCUGUUAGUAAACUCUAUACAUCAUUAACAAAUCUUCUCAACUAUGAGAAAACAAAUGAACAAGUGGCACGUGAAACAUUUUCAUAUAAUAUGCGAUCUAUAUCAAUUCUUGUACUUUUUGUGUUAGCUUUGAGCAGUACAUGGACUCGUGAUAUAACAAUCAAUCAACAAUGGAAAUUAUGGAAAAAUCAAUUUAAUAAAAGUUAUACAAAUGUUGAAGAACGUCUUCGUCGGAUGAUUUGGGGAAAAAAUUUAGAAAUAGUAGAAGAACAUAAUCGUCAAGCUGAUCUUGGUCUUCAUACAUAUCGACUUGGAAUGAAUCAAUUUGCGGAUUUAGCUAACGAAGAAUUUGUAAAAUUAUUAAAUGAAUUUCAAAAUAAAGAUGAUCAAAAAGAUGCUCAACCAUUUAUAGAAAAUUCAAAUAUUAAACUACCAGAUACUGUUGAUUGGCGUGAUAGAGGUGCUGUAGUUCCAGUUAAAAAUCAAGGUCAAUGUGGAUCAUCAUGGGCAUUUUCAGCAGUUGGUGCAAUUGAAGGUGCAUAUGAAAUCAAAACAGGCAAACUUGUUUCACUUUCUGAACAACAAUUAGUUGAUUGUUCAACUAAACAAGGAAAUGCGGGUUGUAAUGGCGGAUAUAUGACUCAAUCUUUUCAAUAUAUUAAAGAAGCUGGUGGUAUUCAAUCAGAAGAUACUUAUCCAUAUACAGCACAUGAGGAUACAUGUACAUUUAAUUCAUCAAAUGUUAUUGUUAAAGUUUGUGGAUUUGUUGAAAUUCAAUCAGGAAAUGAAACAGCACUUCAACAAGCAGUGGCGUUAAUUGGACCAAUAGCAACUGCUGUUGAUGCUAGUCAUUCUUCAUUUCAAAUGUAUCAAAGUGGUGUUUAUGACGAACCAGAAUGUAGAUCAGAUCAACCUGAUCAUGGCAUUUUUAUCGUUGGUUAUGGAAAUGAAUCGGGUAAAGAUUAUUGGCUUUUGAAAAACAGUUGGGGUACAGAUUGGGGUGAACAAGGUUAUAUUAAGGUUAUACGUAAUAAAAAUAAUGAAUGUGCUGUUGCUACAAUGGCAAGUUAUCCAAUUUUAUGUUAA